AUGGAUGGAGACUUGCAUCAUGCGACCCAGCCCACUUCCAUACAGGCUGGCCAGGACUCUGUCGCCGAGCUGCGGUGGAAGUAUGGCAGGCGGAACGUGUUGGACGCAGCAUCCCAUCGAGGUCCAAACCAUAGAAAAUCAACCAGCGGUAUGGCGGGGUUUCGCGAGGGAGCUGUGAGCACCCAGUUCACCGAUGGGUCAGUGUGGUCGACGGAGGUAGCAUUCUGCGAUGCCAACUUGGUCAGGUCGCACUGA